AUGGCAACAACCACGACAACAACAACAACCACGACAACAACAGCGACAGUGACAACGACAACGACAACGACAAUAACAAUAACAAUAACAAUAACAAUAACAAUAACAAUAACAAUAACAAUAACAAUAACAAUAACAAUAACAAUAACAAUAACAAUAACAAUAACAAUAACGACGACGACGACAACAAGAACAACAGCCACGACAAAAACAACCAAAACGACGACAGCAACAACAAUAACAACCACGACGACAACGAUGACGACAAUACCAACAACCACGACGGAAAACAACCACGUCAGCAACAGGAACAACCUAGCUAACCGCACCUCAACCCCAAUCUCUUAAAACCACCAGCUAUACGCCGGGCUAACAAUAAUCAGAACAACGACACCAACACUAACACCAACAACGUACGACCACCACAACAACGACCGCAACAAUGACGAUACGACGACAACAACACCGACAACGGCAACAGCGAAACAGCGAUGAUAAUUAACGACUGCAACAGAAAUAACAAAAGACUUAUCAAAUUUCACUGAUUUUUCAAGGAAAUAAAUUGGACGCCACUUGAAUCUCAGCAGAAAAAGUUUUGUAUCCUAUCUGGCACUCCAGAGGUAUGACCUAUUGACAUACCUGUUCUGAAAAUGAUGUUCCAACUGUAUUUGCUAAAAUUAGAAUUUUUGGUUUAAUUGCGCCCGCCCGAGGGAGCUUUAAAAUGCUAUUUUUCUGUCUCCUGGUGUCACAAAAUGAACAUUUUGCAGGUAUAUCGGUGUAUUUUAUGGAUAUUAUGGGUGAUUUUGUAAGUGUGCAUGCUUCAGGUGUGCUUCAGUGACCUAUAUAGUUCAGUUUCAAAAUGGCGGUUGCGUGAUGAGUGGACAAAUAAUAUUUCUGGCAAUUUCGCUAAAUCACCAAGGCAGCUGAAAGCUUUAAUUAAACUGGUAUAUUAGUUUAAUUAACAUGCUAUUCUGUUUCUUCUAUACUUCCAAAUUUUUUACGCUUAUAUAGGCUUUAUGUGCAGAAGGCUGAACGCUAAGUUCAACGGAACCUCCACAGGCAAAUAACUUCUACCAACAACAAGAAUAUGACAUGUAUUAUGAACAUUUUAAUUUUGAGAACGGUUAUAUCUUGGUUGUAUUGUUUAUUGCGACUCCGGCGAAAACCGAAUCACUAUUUAAAUAUUGUAUCAAAACACAAUCCCAGCCAAUGACGAUAGUAAAAUACAAUAAUUGUGAGUUUAUCGGUCAAAAUACAACUGAAUUUCGAUUAUCUGGGGUUGGAGGGUGAAAUAAUAUUAAACAUCGAUUCGAUUUGUGCCAACAUGAAUAUGGACAUGGCCCCUUCUUUAUACUGUGGUAUUGAUGAUUCGGUAAUGUUGGAUCUGCACAUGCAACAUAUUCUCAAUGACUAUGUCAUCUGUAAAAUUUUGCUCAUUACUUUGGUUAUCAGGAGCCAGGAGGUUAUCAACGGCUAUGCUCUUUUUUAAUGAUUUGCCCAUGUGAUAUACCAUUAUUUACAUAAAAAAUAAAAAUAAAGUAGAUACGUUUGGGCUAGGAGUCUAUAGAAACCUUGAACAGGCUUUUGGAUUUAGACCCUUAGUGUAAAGUCUUGGUGCUAAUAUAUAUAGUUAAAUUGUCAUCAUUAAUUAUAAUGAUUAAUGUAUAAUGGAUUGAUGGUUAUUGGUUGUGUCCCUGAAGAAUAUUGGAAACUGUUAUUAGUUCUCUUGAAACAUUCUCUAUCCUAAAAGAAAAAUAUUUCAACCCAGAAUACAAUACUGACAUAAAGCACAGUGGAAAUUUGAUGGAACACCAGAUACUAUAUAUCACAUUAUUAUUUCACAAUGAUACUUAAUUUACUUAUCCCAAGCCUUCUGGGUGUGCAAGUGUGUACUAUUUAUACAGAUGUGCAAGUGUGUACUAUUACAUUUGAAGUAGAACUGUUUACGAUCUAUAAUUAAUAAUAUAUGCAACCAGAUGACGAUGUGCAUGUGCAAUAUAUGCACCCAGAUAUGCAAGUGUGUACUAUUUAUACAUUUGAAGUACUGUAGAACUGCAUACGAUCUAUAAUUAAAGAUGAUGUCCACUCCGUUCUGCGCCUCAGUUCUGCUCAUAACAAAGGGGGAACCCCAGAUAUAAACAUUGCCCGAAUUUUGCAUCUUUCGAACUUAUUUGAAUUGAAACGUAGAGUUUAUAUUCAUUUACAAGCAUAGCGAACCAGAAAAAUGUUAGAUAUUCAGUUAGUAUAUCAUAUUUUACAAAUAUAGCAGUUCAAAACGUAAACAAAGUUCGCACAUGCGCACACGAGUGGACAUCAUCUUUAAUAAUAUAUACUGUAGACUAAACCAAGUAUAAUUAAAGUACUGGAGAAAAAUCUUUCAUUUCUGAUUUGUAUGUACAGUAUUAUAUUGCUUUUUGCCAAAAUGCCAAGGUUAUAAUGUGCUAACCACGCCUCAUCAACUUCCUACAUCACCCCAAGCAAUUCUGUUGCUGCCCUUUACCGACGGAGCGAACGCCUUGAGCAUGCGUCUUGUUUAAUAUAAAACUAUAUGGCUUGUAUAGUCGUAUAGACGUAUGGCGAAACCGACUAUACAUGCAUAUGACGUUGACAUAGAUAAGACUUGUCAUUCAACAUAAAUAUCUGCAAUAUGUUUUGGCUUGGAAAAAAUAAUUAUUGUUUUAUUAGGUACAUGCCUCUGAAUUUAUAGAAUUUGUACCAAUGGUCCGAGGUCUCAAUUGUGUCUCAAUAUUUAGGACGAAUGUUACAAUUUUGUCAAAGUAUUGGCUGUCUAUGAUAACAAACUCAUGAGUUGUGGGACAAAUUCACAUUACCCAACAUGCAUGUGGAGAGAGGUAAGCAGGAAAACUACUAUAAACGUAGCUAAUUAACUAUAUUCAUAAUUUUCUCACUCGGAAAGUCGGAUUACUAGUAAUAAUCAGUGCGAGAACUCCCUUCCGCGAAAAUUUUAAUUUACUACAGCCGGUCAUUUUACGGUUGUUAUUCUCGAGGUUCCGGAUAAACACGAACCAGUGCAUGUUGAAAAAUUUCAGUUCUGUGCCAGAAAUAUGCACUUCCGCAAAUACUCCACCUCACUGUAUGUAUAAGCGAUCAAAUUAAGCCACAUCUCUCCGAAUUCAAUUUAUUUGCCAUCAAAUACAAAAAUAUACUGUCACUUUAAUAUCUAUCGGUUUAUCAACAUCUGCUGCACAAUGCAUGAAAGCCUACGUAAAAAAGCCAUGAUGCAAUGCAUCUGCUGCACAAUGCAUGAAAGCCAUGUCAGCUACGCUUACAGAGACCAACCAAUUAGGAAAACAAGCUAUUUACAUGACAAAACAAACACCUCAAAACUGUUCUUGUAUUGUUUUAGAUCGAUACUCUCCAAAUGGACAGCGGAACGUCAGCAUUUUCCAGCCAAGGACUUGUCAGUGCAAAUCCACAUACAAAAUCUGCAUAUACAUUUUCAGGUUAGAUUACUUAAUAUUUAUUACUGUAAAGAAGUACUGCGAAAGCGCAAGAAACCGGACUUCCUCAGAAGUGCAUGCAUGAAUAUGUCCCUUCAUUGCACAUUAUGCCAAGUUAUAAUUUCGUUAAUUAAAUCCUUACACGCUCGAAAUAACGCUAUAGAUAAUUGAGGGGUCUGUAGCAUAACGGAAAACGGUAUAUGAGCAACCGAAACACGCUUACAAUACCUUUACACACAGUGGCGGCGCCAGAGGGGGUGGGGGGGCGGCAAGGGGGGCAAAUGCCCCCCCAAAUGCCCCCACCCCCAUUUCGUCCCCCGGGGGCGGUAUUCCUAGGAAUAUCGCCCCCUUUUGAGAGGGGGGCGAAUCUCCUGGGGGGGGGGGCAAAAGUCCUGUGACAACGGUGCAUGGGCAAAUAGCAGUACCUUUUUAAAAAUUCUAUCUUGCCUCCCCCCCAAAAAAUAUGAGUUUGCCCCUCAAAUGCCCCCCCCCCCCCCAAAUUCUGAGGCCUGGCGCCGCCACUGUUUACACAUAGAACACCAUAAAGUACCUUAUAUAUAUAGUUAUAGCCUGCCCUAAACUACCUUAGUAAACCUUAGCAUACCUUAGAUUACCUUAGGGUACCUUAGAGUACCUUAGACUACCUUGGGGUACCUUAGACUACCUUAGACUAGCUUAUAGGUACCUUAUAUACUACCUUUCGACUAUCUUAGACUACCUUAGACAACCUUAGGGUACCCUAUAGGCUACCUUAUAGAAUAUAGACUAUUUAAGUUAAGUACCCUUACCAUUAUAUGAUGACCUUGCAUGGUUAUAGCACUGUGAAAUGUUAAUGAGGUUCUUGAAGACAUGUGAAGAUGUUCUCACUGCAGAAAAUACAUCUACUUCUACACGGUCUUUUAAUACACGAUUUGUUAUAUGUCGUGAUUUACAGUUUUGUACUAAUUUGUUGGAUUUUUGAGAAGGGGUAUUCAUUGAGACAUUGACCCCUGGUCCUUUCGAGCCGCUGAAAUUCGCUGACUGCUUUUUAGACGAUGGACGAUUUUUCUCUGCUGCCGCAAUGGAGUUCGGCGGAAAUGACAAAAGAAUAAUUAAUACGGAAUUUCAUAACUUUCUACCUUACCGAAUGCUCUUUACAAAGCAGAAUAAUCCAUAUUGGUUGGAUGGUGAGUACUUUGAACUUAACUAUUUGAUUGUGUCAUGCUAAUUCUUUCUCCAUAUGCAGACACAUGCACAAAAGCUAUAUCUUAAAUAGUUUAAUUGCAAUGAAAACUGAUAAAAAUAGAAGAAAUCAACACAGGCACCGGAUCUUCAAAAUUAAGUAUAAUCAAACGGCUUUAUGAGAUGUUAUAAAUGACAUAUUUUAUUAAUUGUUGGAAGAUAAGAAUUGAAGUUAAGUAGAAAUGUAAGAACGUUGACGUCUUGUAUGUGAAUUGAUCGACGUGCGUAAUUGUUAGAAAUUACUUUUAUCACGAGUAUAUCAGAUUUUUAAUAACUUUGAACCAACAUAUUAUUACAGUGUUAUUUGCAUUUCAUAAAUUUUUCUUCUUUUUAGAUCCUGUCUUUCAUCAAAGCUUUUCGAUUGGAGAUUACAUUUAUUUUUUCUUUGAUGAGUUUGGUUUGGAAUGCGCUGACUGUGAUCCUGUACGAUUCUCGAGAGUUUCGAGGAUAUGUAAGGUAUGGAAUUGAAAAUGAAUAUUUUCCUUGUUUGUAGUUAAACAUUCCAGUACCAAAUCGUAGUCUACCACAUGGCGACACAAUUGAGAGUCUUUCUGAGCCGAGUGGUAAAGUUUUAAUUGAAUCCAGCAGUUGUACUGUACGAGGCAACGUAUUCACAAAAAAAAUCAAAUGAAAUGCAUAGCAUUGAAAUAAUAUUUAUAAAAAUAAGUCAUGACAAUUAAAUUGGAUUUCCUAUCCAUUUCUGAGAUAAAAAAAAAAUUUGACGGACCGAGGUCUUAUAUAGUUUCUUUCAAUGCGCUGAAUUACAACAUGGCUUUUUCAUGCUUCUCCCACUACCACCUAUAGUAUUGUAGCACUUUAAUUCUUUGCCCUUUCCUUUUCGGACUCUACAUGGUCCCAUUGUCCUUCAUAAUAAAUGAAAACGAAUGGCAUGCACGUUUUAAGAGUAUAUUUUAUUUCCAGGGCGAUGAUGGUGGAAACAAUUUGGUGAACUGGAUUAAUUUUGUCACGUACCAGAAAGCAAGACUAAAUUGUUCUUCAGAAGGAGAAUACCGAUAUCAUUUUAAUAAUAUGCGUAAGUUUGUGGUUGGUUCUCUCUUCUGUUUCCAGGUUUUUCUCCGCUACUGAAAACUAACCCAUUCACCUUGGCUGUGCUCCCUGCAUGAUCAGACAUGAGCCAGCGGGACUUUUAGUAGCCCUUUGACUCGGUCAUUCUCGGCCACGGGUCACGUAAUUUGAGCUGCAUUCUUUGUAAUUCAGGCCUCGACUGCAAGUAAGAAUGACUGCAUAUACCCUACCUUUACCCAUUUGGUAAACUUAUCAAUUAUGACUCAUGCGACUGACGUCAUAAAUUCUUACAAUUUCAUUAAAGCCCGUUUUCCACUAGGCGAAUUUGUUCGCGCGAAGCGAGUUACUCCUUUGUUGACACCGCUGUUGCUGACGUAAAUAGCGAUGUUUAGUAAAGAAAAAGUCGCUUCACGCGAAUAAAUUCGGGCAUAAAACAGACGUUUAUGCAGUUCAUUAUAUUUUAGGAGAUAUAUACUGGGACCCACAGAAAGAAAUGUUUUAUGGCAUAUUUUCGAUGGAAAGUAGGUAAGAAUGUCUAGCAGUUACAAAUGUUAUAUUUUAUAUUAAUUGUCUUAGCUUCCAUUAUAUUUUUUGUUUUAUAUUAUAUUCUGUAAUGCGAUUUACAUAUUUUGUUUACACUUUGUUAUGAUUAAAUCCAUCUAAUUGGUUUAUUUUUUGUCACGUGAUGCUUUCAUACUCUUAGUAUAAAAGCCCCUGCAUUUUCCCCGAUCCCUGCUACUAACUCUUGACGAAGCCGAAGGGCCUUCGCUCGAAACGUCGAGUUUCUGCUUGUUUAUUUAAUUCAGGUAGUAAUAUAACCACUCAGCACAGCAAUUUAUCAUUAUGAUUACAUUAGUAUGAUUACCUUAUUACCAUGGGAUUACUAUGACCAUACAUGUACACACCACUAACCCCAAUUAAGUAUUUUUAUAUUUAUAUAUUGAACAUUCGAGAAUCAACAUCCUUCAAUUUUCGCAUUUUUAAAAAUAGAAAAACCAAAACAUUUUAAUCUGUCGACCGGUGUUCAAUUUUCAAUUGUUUUUGUUAUUUGUUCAGCCCGGGUCAAAAGAUGUCGGCUAUUUGCUCGUAUUCAUUGAGUGAGAUUGAAAAGGUGUUCUCCGGAAAAGUGAAGUACAAAGAAGGCAAAGUUUGGAGGGAAAGGAAGAACCCGGGCCACAUAAAGGAGGUCAGUAAUUUCUUUAUGUAAGGCAAGUCAUUUAUACAUAUACAUAAUAAACCAUGCAGUUGCACCUAAACAACUAAUAAAAAAGUUUGCUUAUAAUGAAAGAAACUGGGAUUUAUUAUUUCCUCUACUGAGCAGCGGUUCGUUUCAAUUUGUCCUUCGGAUGUCAUACAUUGAUUAGCAUUAUUAAUUCCUUUACACCAGUAUGUUUCGUGUUCGUUUAUUCUUUCUGACAUGCGCAAAAUUCAGUCAUUAGGUUACUAUAAAAUAUUAUGUUAAGCAUCGUGAAAUUAAUUAUAUAAUUGUUUAGACAUUUUUUUAUUCUCAUGAGAAGUAGAUCUUGAUAAAAAAAAACUUCGGAUUGAUAGGGAUGGAACUACCUGAAAAUACAAUUUAUACAAGGGGAACUUCGACGUUUCGAGCGAAGGCCCUUCGUCAGGGAGCAUCUCCAUGCAGUUCUUUGGAGAAUAUAACUAAAAAUACUUGCCAAUAUUUUAGAAACAAAUCGUUGCCGAAAUUUACUAACAGUUCGUCUAAUGCCGUAUCAUCCGUCAAGACGAAGCUAGCUAGUAUACAUUUAUACACAUAUGACUGAUUAUCAGACGAACAGUCUUGUCAUUGUCAAGUUGAUCCUGAUGGUUUAUCCAUCUCUCUUAUAUAUGGGGGUAAACUAACUUAAAACGAUACUAAAUCUAAUGUGCAUGCUACUUUUUCUUACUUUCAGUGUACUGUCAAUCCUGACUCCAUUGCAAUGUCUUCUUCGCCUUCUGGUAAAACGAGAAUGAAAACAAAAUCGAUGAGCAGGAGUGCCUUGCAAGACCAAAAUAAAUGUAUCUUGGCAUCUGAUGUUGCCCAAGCAAGCACAAAAAUAACGCCAUUUUAUCUGGACAAUAUCAGGUAAUUGGACAUCAUCAUUGUGUUAUUCACUAUCCAGUAAUCGGAAUGUUCGAUUGUCAUCUAUUCACUCAUUGUUUUGUUAUUUGUGACGUUGUGCGAGUUACUGAUUUUAGACAAUAGAGAGUUUGGCAGCCGACAACAGCAACAACAGCAGAAAACAGAAUUACUUACGUUUUGUAUGUUAGCCAAAGCAUACAUUAUGCUAAACUUUAUUUAGCUACCUCUUGAAGGUACUUACAUUAUCUUUCUUUACAAACAACCCUUUCUUUACAAACAACCCUUAGCGUGGUUUUGAGCCGUGAAAUUGAAAAUAACGUAUCGUAUAUGGCAGUUUGAACACUGCCACGGCGUACUAGAAUGUUCAAGGGAAUACAAUUUAUAGUCGUCUUUGUUUUAAAGUAAAAUUCAAAACCUUUUUGAUCACGUCUUCAUUGACGUUGUUGUUGUUGUUGUUGUUGUCGUCGUCGUCGUCGUCGUCGUCGUCGUCGUCGUCGUCGUCGUUGUGUUUCCCAAAUUUACUAAUUACCACUGACCAGUGAGUAUAGGUCCACCCACACACCCAUGACAACGCCACUUCUCGCCUUCGCGCCGUUGGCUUGGGGAUCAAGUGGUAGAAAACCGAUUUCUCAAAUGUGACAAAUGUAGGCAACCUGCUAUCGCAAAUCGCAAAAAUGAUUAGCAUUAAAAGAAGCUAUUUAUUGGUUAUCUUUUUUGUAUAGGUUUCUUAAAGUGGUCGUGAUACCAAUUCAUCUACCUGUGUCAAACUCCAACAUUUCAUCAAAUAACACAGAAAUAUGGUAUAUAGCCACAGGUAAAUAUCUCAACUCAUGUGUAACUAUACUGCGCAACCAAUCUCAUGGAGCUAAAAGAAUCUCGAAAGAGAAAGAAAGUUUCGUCAUAUUUCAAUUGCAAACUGCCAUCUAACUUGGCGGCGCUGACGUGACUUAUUCACUAAAACUUUUACGAUGAGCACAGAUGGCAGGUGCGGUUAGCAUGUUGUCCCUGCAUGAUUACCACUGAGAUAGGACUACACACGUAAAAACGCACAAGUUGUAACAAGUCUGCAAACAAGUUGUUACAAGUCUGUUUACAAGCUGUCAACAAGUUGUGUUCGCACUGCUUGUUCCAAGUUUGUUGUAACAAGUUUGAAACAAGCUGUUACCAACUUGUAACAAGCUUGAUGACAUUGUCAGCCUAGUUACAAGACUGUGUUAACAAGUUUGUUACAGCCAUGAUAUAACAAGGAUGUUACAAGGUUGUCAACACAAGGUUGCAACAAUGUUGUUAUAUCAAGCAUGUAACGGACUUGUCAGAACAACCUUACAACAAGUCUGACAAUUUCGACAAGUUGUCAACAAGUUGUUCCAAACCUGCUGACAACUUGUGACAAGCAGUGCGAAUACAUCUUGAUGACGGUUUGUUCGCAGACUUGUUACAAGAUGUGAGAUUUUUACGUGUGUACUACUGUAGGUCGAGAUUAUGGAGUGUAUUUACUUAGUUUACGUGAUUGUUGUUGAGCACGUGUAUCAUUGGCUUUUGGCUCAUGUGAAUUGCGCGACCACAUGCUAUGUAAUUGACAUACACUUGUACUUGUGUAAAUAUCAUUUUGGCUUGUUUUAUCUUUGCCAGAAAAUAUUGAUUGUUUCUCAUUGUUUGAUACAUUAACUUUCUCUUAAGAUCGACAGACUAUUCUAAAACUUGGAAAGGUUCCUACCACUAAGGAGUUUUGUAUUUUUGAAGAGUAUAAUUUAUUUCCAGUAAGUGUUUUUCAAUUUAAUUGUUGUGCAUGGAGGAAGAUUUAAUUAAGCUAACUGCCUCCAUAACAAAUCUAAAUGGAGAAACUAAGCAGCUUUAUUAUAUAAAGUAUAGUGCUUUAUAGAGAUUUCGAGCACUGACAAAAGUGAUAAUCUCACAUGUGAGAUUAUUUAUGAUAAUCUCACAUGUGAAAAUUAUUGCUUUUCAAUUUUGGCUUUUGUGUAAAAAUUAUCGCUUUUCAAAGACUGUCCUUUAUAUAAUAAACAGAAAAAUACAUGGGUGCUUGGAAACACCAGAUUUAUUUCUCGUGUUGAACAUGAUAUCUCACUCGUUCGCUGCGCUCACAUGUUCAACACGAGAAAUAAAUCUGGUAUUUCCAAGCACCCAUAUAUUAUUCUCUAUAUAAUUGUUCACUGAUUACACGUGGCAAGUCACAUUGGCGACGGAACAGUUUUUAGUUUGGGGGCGCUAAUUUCCAUAAAAUUUUCCAACUUAAAAAUUUAGCCCGGAAAUGUUGGCGGCGGGGCGUUGGGGUAUACCCCCCUUUCCUGUUCCGUCGUCACCGACAAUUCACUUUCUGCGCUGAAUCGGACGUUAAUGCGGCUGUUUUCCAUGAUUCAACCUCGACAGCACACCAUCCAAAACGUUAGAUAUAAUUUGAUAUAAUUUAUUUGUUUUACCACCAAUAUUAAUAUUAUACAAAAAAAAGCUUACACAACAACUUUACAAAUGAUUUUCAAAACAUUUUUGAGAGUUGGUGAUAUUGAUGGCAAGAGCCUAAAAAGAAACACAAGGCACUGAAAUAUUUAGUGCCAAUAAUACAACCAAGCUUUCAUUGUUAGGGAUGCAACUACCUAAGACAUAUAAGGAGAAUUUCGCCGUUUCGAGCGAAGGCCCUUCGUCUGGAGUUACUGGUGUUGUUAUAUCAGACGAAGGGCCUUCGCUCGAAACGUCGAAAUUCCCCUUAUAUUUUUUAGGUAUAUAAUUGCAUCCCUACCAACGAAAGCUUGUUUAUAUAUGUUCACCAGUUCAAGAGGAAGAUAUAGUUAAAUAUUUUGGACCUUAGUCUUAGAACGUACCGAAAAUUGUAUGAUAUUUGUUCUACAUGAAGGCAAAUGGUCAUUGAGGAAAUUUCUUGUAUUGAAUGUGACAUAAAAUAAAUUCCUACAGUACGUUACCGGAUGCGGUCGAAGUGGAAAGUAGACUUUAGAAAAUCAAUUUAUACCAGCUAGAGACUCUCAAAACAGUUUACUGACCUUGCAAUAUCAGUGUUUAUCUGAACUCGAAACUAAAUAAAUUGGUCAGUAUAGAUAUAUAUCAUCAUUAUCUUUCCAAACUUUGUAGAAUAAUGAGAUGAAUGAAACAGAACAAAUCAAAGGAAUGAUACUCUCUCCACAGAAGGUAAUAGAAAGUAAAGAUGAUCAUAUGCAUGCAUGUCUAGCCUCUGCUGCAUUCAUGCGUCCAGUGCAUGACAGUGUCUUCCUGCAGCAACAAUGGACUAAUAUGGAUUUUGUAAUAGACCAUAUGGUUGAGUGGAUAUUACUAAAAAAAGAUGGCCCUUAGGGGAUUCCAUGUGAGACACUGAAAAGCUAUCAAUUUUAAAAUGCAAUACUUCUUGCUAAAUUUCAGAGAGCUUCUGCAUUCUGCUACUACAGUACAACACACGUUUUCCCUUACAAAACGGAUAAAACUGAUUUGUUUAUCAUUUUGCAUAUUUUCAUCUGCUACCAACUUCUCGAGAACGUUUUUCAUUUCACAUGCAGGAAAUGAGAAUUUGAUUUGGCGACUUGAACAUCGGGUUAUAUUUUUCGGGGUAAUGUCAAAAAUGCACUUUAAGAGGAUAUAUCGUUUUUAUAAAAGUGAGCAGGAAAGCGUUUUUGUGGCAAUAUUAUAAGAAGGCACCUGAAGUAGCAAAAAUGCAUGAUAAAUUACAUUUGCAUAUAGAUUUUAGACGAGAUUAAAAUUAUUCUUUUUGUCUCUAAAUGUAAUGUUCACAACGUGGAAAUGCCCCUUACUGGACCUCUGUUAGAACUGUUAGACCUAUCCAGGUUAGAUAAGAUAAGUUGCCUACUUGCCUUCUGUUGGUAAUUCGCAAUCUAAGAGCUUCUCAUAUUAAUUUAAAAACAUAUACGAUAAAGACACGGAUUGUUAAUACAGUCAGUGUAAAUUAUGUUUUUUUUAAUUUUCUCUGUGAUUUUCAUGUGAUUCUUCUUACUUAUAAAGGAUUACCUUCUCAUUGGAUCUAACACCAAACUAAUUCGUUUAUCAUUAACAAAUUGUGAUAGAUAUACCAGCAAAAGGUUUGUUUUUCUAUAUACGAAGCUAUGUGGUGUUAUAUCUUAGUUUUGAUGAGAAUGUUGUGAAUUAAUAUAUCUAUAAUGCAAUGUCAUAAUAUUCUGCCGUUAACGUUCAUAUUAUUGGCACUACCUACACUGGCACAGACAGUUCAAUCUUUUCAGUUUCACGUUCGUGAUUUCAAGCAAGAACGGCUGUCGCCAUCUUUAACGGUUUUAGUACGUGUUACAUGCGUGUUGACAAAAACGCUUGCUUCUACUCUCUAUGCACUCGGGGCGUUGCUCUCUAAUAAAAGUGGGUGUACGUAAUGAUAUACUCGGAGUUUUUCUCUCUAAUGAAGAGGGUGCACUUGAGGGAACACUCGGGGCUUUGUUCUCUAAUAAAGCAGAGUGCAAUCAGGGGGUGCACUCAGGGCGUUGCUCUCUAAUAAAAUAGGGUGCACUUAAUGAUAUACUCGGGGGGGGGGUUCUCUCUAAUGAAGGGGGUGCACUUGAGGGUACACUCGGGGCUUUGUUCUCUAAUAAAACAGAAUGUAAUCAGGGGGUGCAUUCAGAGCGUUGCUCUCUAAUAAAAGAUGGUACACUUAAUGAUAUACUCGGGGGUUUUCUCUCUAAUGAAGGGGGUGCACUUGAGAAUAAACUCGGGGCUUUGUUCUCUAAUAAAACAGAAUGUAAUCAGGAGGUGCAUUCAGAGCGUUGCUCUCUAAUAAAAGAGGGUGCACUUGUGGGUGCACUCGCGGUUUUGCACUCUAAUAACAGAGUGUGCUCUCGGGCUUUUACUGUAUUCUCCAAUAAAGGAAGGUGCACUCAGGGCAUUGCCCUCUAACAAAUGAGAGUUAAUGUUGGGGCUUACUCGGUUAGCUAGAGAUAUGGGCAACUGGUGUUAGACAAAAUAUAUAGUAAUCUGGCGUUGACCUGAAUAAGAUAAAAUAAAAUAAAAGAAGGCGGAUUGAUCGUAUUGCGGACUAAUGGGCCAAUCUAAUAAUUAACGCAACUGAACCUAUGGUCUUUAACUUUCAGUUUUUGUCUAAGUGCACAAGAUCCUCUAUGUGGCUGGAGUGCUAUUGAGAAUAAAUGCAUUGGUUGGGAUAAAGGGUUUGUAUAUAUGUUGUUUAUAAACUGAUAUUAUAUGAUUAUACAUAUCAAUGUUAUAUCAGUGGAGUAUACAAGAUAGAUGUUUACAAAAAUUUGUGAUAUUACGUAGCCAUUCAUGCUUAAGUCAAAUUUAUGAAAGGUAUAUAAUUUAUACUGUGUUAGAUUUUUAGUAUGAAUCUAUGACAUAUUGCCUGAGAAUUGCCUUGAAAUAUAGAUCGAUGGUUUUUUCUAUUUAUCAGAAACAAGAAUGAUUGGGAACAAAAUUUUACGUCUUGCAAAGGACGACUGCAACGGCAAGGUAAACUAUUUUGAAGAAUAUGAAUACUAUUAAUAAUUCGUGGUAAGUUUAAUCAUGUCGUAAAUUUAAUUCACGUUUGAAUCACGAAUGUGUGUUUGCCUUCGUUUGAAUCAGUAAUUGUAACCUGCCUUACUUUCAUUCAACAUGUAGUUUUUGUUAUUAAUUUAAAAGCAAAUAUAGUGAUGUGAUGUUAACUAUGUUUCACAAUUGAACAGUUUUAAAAGUUAGUAUAGUAAGGUUUAACACAAGCUGUUUUAAAGUAUCGACUUUUUUGGCAGAGCUCACCUACAAUUCGCAAAAUUGUAGGGGUAAAUUUCCAGUCUAGUACCUAAUAGUUGAAGAACUAAGUAUUCAGCAUUAAGCGUAGCCACCGGUAAGUGCGUGAGUAACCGAUAGCUCUGACCAUGGAAAUGAGUUUGCUGUAUAUCUUGCCGGAUUAGUUUUUUUCUUUUACUUUAGCUGAAUGGUCUGCUUGGUCUUCGUGGUUUGAAUGUAAAAAUUCUGAUGCUAACUUAUGUAAAUGCCGCAGAAGGAGCUGUCUAUAUGCUCGUCUAUCUUACCAAUGUCAAGGAGAAGACAAUGAAUUAGCAAACUGUACAGGUUUGUAUAAUUAUUCUUUUUGGUUUUUAGUCUUAGUUUUUAGCGGUAUUGUUCUUAGCUUUGUUUGCUUGUUUGCUUGUUUGGCUUGUUGUUCUUUCUUGAUUUGUUUUUUAUUUGAUCGGUUGGGGGCCAUUUACAAAGGAUGUCCGGCCAAAUGAUGGAUUUUCAGACCCCCCUCCCCCCUUGUCCGGCAUUGUCCGAAUUAGUGACCCCCCUCCCCCCGGACAUCCGCCGUGCCUCGCAAAAACUCACGCAAUCUUGUAUAUAUCAAGAGUAAAAAACUUUUACUUUUAGAACUUUUUUAUAACUGUAAAUGUGAACACAAAAACAUAUAAAUUACUAAUUAGAACAAAAUCUAGUGUUAACCGCAUAGUCAAAAUGCCAAUUUCACAAUGGGAAGGACUGCUCAAAAUAGAGGGAAAAAAAAUUUGUUUUUGAAUUUUUUUAAAUUUCGGACAUCCGGAUUGCUAAAACCCCCCUUCCCCCCCUAUGUCCGAGUUUGUCCUGAUUUUCCCCCCCCCCCCCCCCCCCCCUCGGUUCGGACAUCCUUUGUGAAUGGCCCCUUGGUUGUUCGUUUGUUUGGUGGCAAAAGAUUUUAAUAAUUUUUACUAUUGAAGUUUGAUGUGAGCAUAUUAUUGUUAUGAAAAGGAAAUUUCAUCCGUUUAAAAGAAAUUAAAAUGCACGCAGAAUAGAACCAGUAAAAAUAUAUGAAUCUGGUAACGGCGUAAAGCACUUAGACUGUAUAAUACGUUCAAUUAAACUAAAUUCAAAAACUAAUCGAAACCACAAACAGGACAAAUUCGUAAUUUAUAUAAAAAUUUUAUAAUUAAAAUCCUGAUUGAUUAAACUUGAUAAAAAUCUAUAAAUUCCAUAGCUGAUGUGUCAACGCUAACAAACAAGGAACAAUGGUGGAUAUAUGGUGCUAUUCAUGGCGGUUGGUCCCAGUGGUCAGAAUGGGCGGACUGUUUACGUGGGUAUAAAAACAGAACGAGAACAUGUUCAGAUCCUGCUCCUGCAAAUGGAGGAUUAUCUUGUACUGAUACCAACAUGGAGUAUGUGUUGUGUGAACCAACCAGAUGGGAUGGUAAGUGAAUAUUGUUUUUGUUGUAAUACAUACAUAUAUAAUUCAAAUAAAUAGUGUGCUAGUGCCAAAAUUCCCGACCGACAAACGUCGACCUCUAAGCAUAGAGAUUAUAAAAGAAUAGAGUGGGCAUUGCAGGAAAAUAACGCUCUCUGAUUGGUUAAAAUCUCGUUGCCUGGAUGUAAAUUCUCAUUCAGGAGGAGCGGGAAAUUACGAAAAUAAUACAACUUUGAAAACAUCGAUCUUUUCAAGCAUGGACUAAAAGCAAAAAAAUCAACAAGUAUACCUGGACUUCAAUACGAAACGGGUUUUGGUUUUUUUCCGUAAGGGGAAAAAGCACAAUGAAUGUGAUUGUGCUUAGAGAUCGAGGAUUUGAGUUUCAAAGGGCAUCCCUAAUUGAAUUAGUUAUAUACAAGAUAUUUAAACUGAACCUAAACUGGGUGUAAUGUUAUGCAUAAUUGUUCUGUUGAAACAUCUAACUAUUCAUUUAUUAAUUUAUUAAUAUUAUUAUAAUUGUGCAUAAUGGGAGCAUCCAUCGUUGGAACAGAUGUAGUGAUGAAGUCACCUUGUUAAAUCCCCAUGGGGACACAUGGAGGGACAGCAAUUAAUAACGGCUUGUACAGUAUAACAUUACUGUACUGUAUGCGUUGUUCAAAAAAAAAAUAUUACAACAUGGUUCAAUAAAACCCCUACGGUUUUUGUUUGGAUCGUGAGACUUAUUAACGAAUAAUUUAAACUAUUUACAGUCAUUUAAAUUAAUGCAAAUAAGGAAAUGAAUUCCAAUUAAAAUUAAUUAGCUGCUGAAACAUAUCUGUGGACAAGUUGGACAAGAGUUCGAGGUCCAGAGAGGAGAGUUACAAGGUAUAAAAUAUCAUGUACAUCAAAAUCAGUGGUUAUGAAAAGUUUACAACUGCGUGUGUUACGCAAUGAAACGAUGAAUUGCACGAAGGAACUUUGCAUUGGUAAGUUAAAAAUGGAAACAAUAUUUCAGCAAACAUUUUUUGUCCAAGGCGUGGUCUGUAGUAAGGUCGAUUAUGGGGAUUUUCUCCAAUCUUGAAGGCGCACAACCUCACAACCACACGAACCCAGGUUUCCGCUCCCCCUCUUGAAACACGACUCAGGUUAAUAAGACUUGCUUAUACGAAUUAUCAUAGCCUGUAGGGUGGUAGAGUUUUCAAGUUUAAGCAAAAAACAUUUCAGCCAUUACAUUCGUUGCAAAUCAAAAGGUCUUUUGUGACCCAACAUGGGAAAUUAUAUUUUAUGGAAACAGUGUUAAUUAAAAUAGUGGGAGAAAAUGUCAAAACUUCAUCAAAGUGUCUUUUACGUGUAUGCUUGCCACAUAUUACUUUUUUUGCACUGAAUUACAUUUUUUGGUGCUGUAGCACAGCACAAUAAAGUUGCACUUGCUUGAGUAAAUUUUUAUGUAUAUCAUUAUCCACAAAACAAAAUAAUUCUAUUUAUUUUCGCCAUGAAAACCGACAAGAAACUUCUUAAUCAAUUUCUAUAUAUUCUCUGAACAAAAUUCAAAUUUAUAUGGAAAAACGUUUUCUCCACAACAGAUCCUCCUAAAGUGAAAAAAGAACAACGUAUUCUUACAAACUGGAGUUCAUGGUUACAUUGCAACGAAACAACAGAGAAACUUCGUACACGUCAUCUUUGUGUUAAAAAUUCAUCAAGCCAAUAUUGGACGUGUAAUGACUUCGGUGUAGAGAGAAUUGACCAUCCUGUUACAACAACAGACCAUCCUGUUACAACAACAGCCACAUCUACUGUCAACCCUACAACUGGCAUAUCAACUUUAGACUCUACAACUAAUCCGAGCUCUGAAACAAGUACAUCUGAAAUAACGACGAAAUCUCAGACUAGUUCUACUUUAAGCACCACAGAGCAGAGUACUUUGCCAAGCACACCAAAUGUUGGAUGCAGAGUAACUACAUCUGGAACAGUUCCAAGCACAGCGACCUCUACAGAUGGUAGUUCUAGUACAACAUCGACUACAACCAUUGCGACUGAAAACGCUACCACGAGUUAUAGCGAAAAAACCACUGAUUCUGUGUCAUCAACAACGGCUACUGAAGUAACCACACCUACAGGUAUAGUAAUGUACAGGUCAUGCUAAGUAUGUAUAUCUCCUAUAUCCAUUUUGAUAUGUUGUAAUUCUCUAUAUUCAGGGGUCUUAGAACUAGGGGGGGGGGGGAGUUGUCCCGAUGUCCCCCACUCAAGGCCAUUGGUAGCAAACAAAUGCCUUCACUACAGAUGCGUUGCUCAUUCAAUGCGAUAUUUAUCCAGUCCCGACCAAAACCAUUUUUCACCAGAUAGCUACUAAGGGACCGGUCAUUAUUUAAGCGGGGGUGGCACCGAAGAGAAAAGGGUUGGGUAAACAUAAAAAAAUUUGGAGUGAGUAAAAGGGUGGCUAAAUAAAUAAAUAAAAAACAAAACAACUCAAUGGUUGGGUAAUAAAAAUUUAUUGUCAUUUCCGAAGCAUGACACACUCAAAUAUCGAAGACUAAAAAGACUCAAAUAUCGAAGACUAAAAAGAAAUUUCAACAGUCAAUACAAUACGCAAAUCAAUCAGAGUCACUAUCUUGAUAAUUUUGUUUCGUGUCACAGAAGUGGGAAAGGACAUGUGUGACAACUGAAUGGUAUAUCAUUUUAUAAAGGUUUUGGCCAUGGGUGGGUAUUUAUUUUUAAUUGAUAUUUGGGGUUGGGUUAAAAUUUUUUUUGACUUUUUAAUGGUUGGAUCAGCAAAAUAUUUACCAAGAAAAGCAUUUCUCUUCGAUGUCACCCCUGCCAAAAAUAAUGACCGUUCUCUAAUCGGGAAUUUUUCCUACUCUGCAUGAAAUUUGGUGUUCCUUGAGGAAUUGCCCCGCAGCCUUGAGCUUCCUUAGGCAUGCCUUUAUUUAUGCACUCCUUUAUUUACUUGCACCAAAUACAUGUCUGCAACAUGCAAUGAAAUUAUAGCUGCAUGCCGGUUGACCUCUUAAUGAAAUCACCUAUUCUUUAAUCAAUUCAGAAAUUAUCACAACCUGCCAUGCUAUUCUAUUACAGUCAAACCAGAUAUUCCUACAAAAUCACCUGAAUGGUCUCAAUGGUCAGUUUGUUUAUGCAAUCAUGAAGUAGUUCUAUCAAAUAGAUCACGUGGUAUACAACAUAGAACUUUAGAACGAAAGAAAGGUAGUCAAGCUGAAUACAGAACAUGUCCAUGCGAAGGUAAUACCUCUUUAAAAUCUAACUAAAAACAACGGUAUUUCAUAGGUAAUUUUGUUUUGAAUUUGGUACCAUGCAUAUACUCAAAGCAAAAAGAUUUUUUAUACCAAAUGUAGCGAUAAUUUCCAUCUACAAGACCCUUCAACUAUUAUUUAAUCGAGUGAGAUGUCAAUAAAAUCUUGAUAUAGUUUGUCAAUAUAUGAUGGUCUGGAAUCUCGACAAACUUCAAUGCAGGGUUCGAAAUAACGGUUCGUGAUUCGUGAAUCACGAAUCAUUUUUCAUUUUUCACGAACCCAAUUUCAUAGAAAUUGAUCAAAAUCACGAAUCAAAAGUCUCUCAAAUUGAUAAAAAUAUACAAUAAUAAAUUCAGUUCUUUGUAAAUGUGAUAAAGGAUCAUAUAUUCUGAAGAUAUUGUUGUUAGAUUGUACUUAAAAACAAUUAUAAUCCACCCAAAAUUCUAUUUCUUUGCGAGUUUGCGAUGUAUAUUAUAUAUUUGAAAAUUGCAGUGCUUCCACUUUUUAACUUCCAAUUAGAGAAAAUUCCUUGAAAAUUCCUUAAAAUUUCCUUAAAAUAAAAAAAUUAAUUCACGAACCAUUUUUUCAGAAUUAAUUCGAACCCUGCAAUGCCACAAAAUGGAAGAUGCACAAAUCCUUUGUCCUUCCUUCCAGACGAUAGAUCAGGGUUAGAAUUAGGUUAUAGCAUUGAGAUUAGCAUAAAAUUAGGGUGUGCAUUAGGUAUAGCAUUCUGGGAAUUACAGGAAUACAGUGAAAUCGUUAUAUUUACACUGAACCAGACGUUUCACGAUUUACGAACUUGAAUGUUAUUCCUACAAUUGGACAUGUUAUGUUCACAGUCAUUAUCUGGGGAAUAUCAUUCCAUAUAUUGAUAUACUAAAAAGCCAAUAUAAACUUGCAAUUGGGCUCUCUCUACACACGUAAAAACGCACAAGUUUGUUACAAGUCUGUUCACAAGCUGUUAACAAGAUGUAUUCGCACUGCUUGUCACAAGUUGUCAACAGGUUUGGAACAACUUGUUGACAACUUGUAACAACCUUGUCGAAAUUAUCAAACUUGUUGCAUGGUUGUUCUGACAAGUCUGUGACAAGUCUGUGACAUGCUUGAUAUAACAAGAUUGUUACAACCUUGUGUUGACAACCUUGUAACAUCCUUGUUAUAUCAUAGCUGUAACAAACUUGUUAGCACAAUCUUGUAACAAGGCUGAUAAUGCCAUCAAGCUUGUUACAAGUUGUCAACAGCUUGUUUCAAACUUGUUACAACAAACUGGGAACAAGCAGUGCGAGCACAACUUGUUGACAGCUUGUGAAUAAACGUGUAACAACUUGUUUGCAGACUUGUUACAACUUGUGCGUUUUUACGUGUGUAGACUCUAGUUGAUCCCAUAGCUCGAGUGUCUGCCGUCUGCCCGUUUCGCUGAAUAUAUGCAGGUAUACAGACAAAUACAACAUAAUGGUGCAACUUUGUAUAACAAUAGUAAGGUUUGGUUAUAUACGGUUUGCCAAGAGGAAUAAUUUAAAAUUAUAUGAAACUAUAACUAAUUUUAAAUCAUAAUGAAGAAAUUAACCAAUUAAUUAAUUAAAAUAUUAGUCAAAAUUAACAAAACUAAUCUACAUUAAACAAUAAUUCAUAUUUCAGAUGAACCAGACUAACUCUAUUCUACUAAUCAAGGUAAAUUAAACUUAACCCAUAAUCUAGUUCACUAAAUUAUAGUUGGAUAAAUUACUGAUAAAAUUAAAUUAAUAUAAAUUCGUAUAUCUAUUAAUUAUCUAACAUAGAACUACUUUUAAAAAUAUUAAAAACUUUUUAAAUAAUGCAUAUAUAUAUACAUAGAUAUUUCUAGACCUAAAAUAAACGAGCAAAUAAAACAUUAAUUGGGUAGGUUAACAAAUUAGGUAUAGUUGCAUUUGUGCAUCAUCACUUAUAAUAUAUCUCUUAACUGAUAUCGUGCAAGGAAUUGACUUUUCCAGCAAUAUGACGCCAUCUUGAUAUUGCAUUGUAUUGCGGUGUUAAUUAAAUGAAAUACUUUAGGCCCGUUACACUUGCAAAUUUGCUGCGAUUUCCUUAGUGCGAUUUUCUUUUUCUGAUGGAUUUGAACGAGUGGAUGGAUUAUGAAUGAUGGGUGAGGACACAGAUAAGGACAGAUGCAUGUACUCAGAAUAUUCAUGACUCAUCUACUUGUUCACUUACUUAGGUCCCUGUGCUUUAAAACUCAUGUAAGUUGAGUUUGGUUGUUUCUCUCCUCUGAGCUUCGAUGUUUUCCCAGGGUGCUUUGUUUUUCUACCUUACCGAAAAACUAAACCUUAGGCCUGCAAUCGAUAUUGAAUAAAUAAUUAUUUAGCUACUUAUUAUUUAUUAAUUUAAAUGUUGCCGAUUUGUUUUUCAAGAGCCUCUUGAUAUUAGUAAAAACUGUUCAGAAUGAUCUUAAAGACUUAAUCCUUGCGGUAAUAACAACAUCUAGAAUGUCUUUUGGGCUAAUAUUCUUAGUGCCGACGUAUCCAUAGUAAUUAAUUACCGCGCAUAACUGAUAGCGAUAGCCCCAAUCUAUAAAAUGCCACCUAAACUACGUCUGGUAGUCACUACGUCCACAUUUUAAACCGUGACAAGUGGUGGUAUGUAAAUUGGCUCAGUGUGUAUAGACCCCUUGCAUGAUGACGUCAUUUUACUACAAGUAAUAAAACAGAUGCAAGUAAAGAGGGGCCUGUACCGGUUUUGCGGGAUGGCGGGAUGCGUCGAAAAAUCAAAUGGGAUUCGGGAUUUUAAGAGAAAUAUUGGCGGGAAGCGGGAUUUUAUUCCAUCGCGGGAAGUGGGAUUAAUAAAAAUACCAUGGCGAUAUGCGGGAAGUACCUCACGAAUAGCGGGAUAAAACAACAAAACUUGUAGCCGUGCGUUAGCUGAUCUAUUGUCAUUUGUUUGUGUGCUCGAAAUUUACUGUUUUCAAGGAUGAUUGAUAUCGAACAUUUGUCCUCCUCCAAUCCUCCAUUUACAUGUAUGAUUGCUGCUUUCAUAAGAGUCGCGAUUUAGAGUCAUUUAUUAUUUUGAAACUUGCAUGGCGGGAUAACGGGAUUUGAAGUGAAAAUCGGGCGGGAUGACGGGAUUUCCGAACCUGGUACAGGCCCCUCAGUAAAAAUAUGAUGUUUCAAGUAAAAAUAUUGAAAUUUUAAAUUUAAACCUCGCACCAUCUUGGAGUAAACGGCAAAUAUGUCACAUAAAUUUUUAUUUUUGCUCAAAACCUAUUUUGAAAAAAAUACCAAGUUUUAUGGGCAAUGAACAACAUUUGACAUCAUCAGCAAACUACAUUAAUUUGUCCUCCAAAUUAAUUAGAUCCGGUUUCUCAUUCUAAAUUUCAUUCAUUCCUGAUGAAACUUGGCGUGCACAACAUCAUGUUUCUUGUGAUUUCAAUGCAAAGUUUUAACCCUUUUCAACCAUCCCGUCCACCUCAAGCUGUUUUAGAGUUAGCUAUUAUAUUAUUUAUAGUUAGCUAUACAAAAAUUGGUGUUUCAGAAGUGACCAAAAAGUGAUUAAUAUAGUUUCAUACAACCGGGUCCUUGAGAUGUUAUGUCAUUUAUUAUUGCCAUGCAAUAUUAUUAUUUAUUAACAGUAAAUGAAGUAAUAUCCUUUUCUUUAUACUUCUAUUUACCUUUCAUAUUUCAGCUGGACCUUCUACAGAUGAACCAGAAGUGAAUGUUGAAGUUCGGUAUGAUGAUGAUAACAACAUUGGACAAUUUUCCUUAACAACGCUGAUUAUUAUCGUCAGUAUUUGUUCAGUUAUAUGCAUCAUAAUCACUAUCAUUGUCGCUGUUGUAUGGCACCGUAAGAAAGCUAAAAGUAAACGUAUACCUAAUAACAACAGUAGCACUUUCAAAAGUAACGAUAAAUACAUACCAGUGAAUGGGUUUGCAACAACUGGUGUAUGA